AUCCGCCUGGUACUGAUUAAUUCAACUGCAGAUGGACAUAUUCUUUUGUCUUGGAAUGUAUUUCCCCUAUCCGCGGCCCCUGCAUAUCGUGCGUUGAGUUACACUUGGGGCUUUGCUCGGGGAGUGCCUGAAUAUGAAGAUCCUGUCUUCCGCUAUGAAGGUCAAGGCGGUGUUUCGACGUCCAUGCCGAAGAAUCUCCUUUAUGCCUUGCUUCGCAUUACCAAAUUGGAUGAAGGAGCGUUUUAUUGGAUUGAUUCCCUAUGCAUUAACCAGAAGAAUACGAGAGAGCGUAGUGAGCAGGUAGCUGCUAUGAAGGACAUCUACGAACAUGCUGCGGCCGUGGAUGUCUGGCUUGGGCCCGCUACGGACUCUGAAUCCGAAGCAAUCCAUCGCGUG